AUGUCUUCUCACUCGUCUUCAGGGCAUCAGCCUCUGAGAAAUAGUGGCUCCAAAAGUCCUUCCAUGAGCACAAUCGAAAGUAGUGUCACAAGGCUACUUGUGUCCACUAAGCAUCUUUUAGAAAGCCUUACACAAUGGGCAAGGCAGGAAGCAGACGACAAAUUCGUCUCUGAUGCUUAUGUGAAGCUAGGAAAUGACUUUCGAGCAGCUGCCAGAGCAUUCAAUAAUGCCGGUGUUGACAUUUCAGAUUUAGGCGAUGUCCCAAAGGCAUUACGCAUUGUUCUUGAAUCUGCUUUAAGUGAAGUUCCAACCCAAGAAAGCUUAGACAAGUUUUUACCAAAUGUAAGAAACAUUAUUGUUAAUUUGCUUCUGACCCUCAAAGCAAAACAGGCAAAGGCCAAAGAACUAUCGGAGCACGGUUCAAGGCACUCGAGUAUUCUGUCAAGAUCACUUAAUGAAGCAUCACCAAAACUUGACGUUAAUUUGAAUAUAAAGGGGCAUCAUGCUCUGCGAGACUCAGAUUCUCAAAGGUACAGUGCAAAAGAAGUUUUACUGGAUAAUCAGCCGACAAAUGAGGAGAGAACAUCAUCUGUCGCGUCAAGUGCGGCAUUGGCACAGCUUCAAAAAGGCAAUGCCGUUCUGAGAAGGGCCUCAAAACGUUUUAGUGCAUAUCAAUUCGCCAAGCUUGCGAACUAUUCCACCAACCAAUUACCUCGUCUCUCCUCAGAGUCUGCCCUUUCCGAUCCACCUAAGCUGACUAUACCUGGCGAGAAAGUCAACACUGAAGAGGUUCAAACUGAUGCCCCAUCGAGCAUUAAAGUAUUUUUGAGGAUAGGGGAUAGGACUAAGAAAGUUGAUUUACCUUUACCUGUAACUGUGGCAUCCAUACGAUUAUUGUUCGUCGAGAAAUUCGCUUAUUCUCCCGGUACGGCAGCUUUUCCGGAUAUCUACAUCUUGGAUAAUGAGCAUAAUAUCACAUAUGAACUUGAGGAAAGCGCUUUGGACCAGGAAGUUAAAGAAGGAGUACUCUUGGUUCUCAAAUCAAUCGAUAAAGAGAAAGAAUCCUUGAAAGGUCUUCAGGAGAAAGUUGACAGCUUUGGUUCACAUCUUGAUAAUGUCAUUCUGAAUUUCGUUAAUGACAUCAAAGAAUCAGUUGAUUCCAUCAAGUUUCAAAUGAACAAUGCUCCUGCAAAGGAGACCAAUGGAAGUGAAACUGCAGAUUUCAAAAGCAAAUAUCUUACCCUCUCGAAUGACCUUCGUGAAGUCUUCAAUGAGAUCAAAGCUAUCAAGAGUGUUCAACAUCAUCGAAAAAGUUUUGUCGCAAAAUCUAUCGAGGACUUGACAGCUGAAUUAUCUGUACUUAAGGAUUUAACUUUUGCAGAAAGCGGCUCAAACUCAAAUAGAACUUACAUGCAACAUAGCUACGCUAAACUUUCAGAUGAGUCAGAUAAUUUGCUCACCAAAGUGGAUGAUUUGCAAGAUAUGAUGGAAGCGUUACGUAAAGAUGUUGCUCAGCGUGGAGUGAGGAUAGGUCCACAACAACUAAAGAGCACGCGAAAAGAAAUCGAUGAUGCGAAAUCAUCCUUAAAGGUUUUAGCAGACUUUAUCAGUGACGGUAAACCUACAUGGAAAAAAAUCUGGGAGUCCGAACUAGACAAAGUUUGCGAGGAGCAACAAUUUUUCAAUUUGCAAGAUGACUUAACGAUAGACUUGAUUGAAGAUAUUAAAAAGAUAGAGGAGACAUUCGAGUUGAUUGAAAAAUGUUCAGUGGAACAGAAUAAGAAUCCACUUUUGAAGAGAAACAAAUUCACAUCAAAACUAUGCCUCAUAGAGCCUGGUGAAAGUAUGCACAACAUAAAGGAUGCAGUGCUUAAUGAAGUUGCAACCCUUGUACCAAACCACGAAAGCCGUUUGGAGGCGAUUGCCAAAGCAGAGAAACUAAGGCAAAAAGAAAGGGAGCUUGCGUCGUUGACAGAAUUCCAAGAAGAGCUUGGUGAAUUUGUGGAAGAGAAGCGUCUCAAGCAUUCAGUGGGUAUCGAAGAAAUCGAGAAGUUGCGCCAGCAAAAGGAUUCAGAGAAUUUAAAGAGCUCAUUUGGUAUCAUUUAA